UAAUUCCGCCAAACUUUCUCGUCCGCGAUCAUACAAUCUUUUUUCCUUCUCUCUCUCUCUCGCCCGAUUGAUCAUCUGAAUCACAUCUCAACUGUCACAACAAAAGCCCCAUACCUCAGUACUCAGAUCGACAACACAGAGCUCUUGACUACGCAAAAAGCAAACCGCCGCCAUGUCGUCCAUGCGCAAUGCCGUCCAGAGGCGCAAUCACAAAGAGCGCGCUCAACCGCUCGAACGUCAAAAAUGGGGUCUUCUCGAAAAACACAAGGACUACUCCCUACGUGCAAAAGAUCACAAUGAAAAGAAGCGCCGCCUCAAAGUCCUACGUGAAAAGGGUGCCCAGCGUAACCCCGACGAAUUCGCAUUCGGCAUGAUUUCUAGAACUACAAAAAAGGGUGUUCAACAAUCGACAAGAGGAAAGGAAAAUGGCUCCCAAACGCCAAUGAGCAUGGAUGUCGUCAAGUUGCUCAAGACGCAGGAUGCAGGUUACUUACAGACCGUCUUGCAACAGACGCGACGUGCUAGGGAAAAGAUUGAGAAGAGGGUUGUCUUGAUGACCACUGGUGUUGAUGCGUCGAGCAAGAGCAAGAGGAUGGUAUUUGAUGAAGACGGCGAGCUGGUCGUGGAAGAGGAAGAGCCACUCGACUUUGACGACGACGACGACAUGGACCUGGAUCUCGACGACCUAUCAGACCUGGGUGACCUCUCUGGACUCGACGAUCUCGACGGUCCCGAUGGAGAUGGUAGCGGUAGUGAGGAUGGAAAGAGCGAGGAUGACAAGAGCGACACCAAAGGCUUGUCGAACGAGGAGAUCAGACAGCGACGGAAGAAGAGGCGUGCGCAGGAAGUGCUGCAGAAUCAUCUCGAAGCGCUCAAAGACCGCGAGCGUGACCUGUCCAGUGCUCUGACGCAGCUCCAGGAGCAACGGGCACGCAUGAACAACACCGUCGGAGGCGUCAACAAGGAAGGUGUCAAGUUCAAGGUCAGGGAACGCAAGCGCUGAAAGGGUGGAGUGUUGAUCAUGACGGUAUUACAUGUUCUGCGAGGGAGCGCCUGCGCUCUCGCCGGGUUUCUUCGAGUUUUGCGCCUCGUGCGUGCUGCUGGCUCCGUCUUCGUCGUACAGUCCCUGCUCCUCAAUGUACUUGACGACGGGUUCGGGUACCAGGUAGCGGAUGCUCAUGUCACGCUUGCGGAACAAGCGGAUCUUUGUGCUAGAAAUGUCGUUUUGCACCAACUGCUGUACCACGUGGAUGUUGUCUUUCCACUGUUGCAACGUUGACAAGGCUUCGUCGAUAUCCGUACCGCCUCUC